CAGAUUUCAAAAAGUGACGUGACGAGUGGCGCAGCGGUCAGGCCUGCAAAAUGGAUCUCUUAACAUUUCCCAGAUAUAAUCCCAAUGACAUCAUAACUCACAUCCGCAAUCAGAUCCUAACAGGUUCUGAAGCUAAAAAUCUCUCCAAAAAUGACUUGUUUCCAAAUCCCAAGCCUGAGGUAUUGCACAUGAUAUUCAUGAGAACGUUGCAGAAUGUGUAUGGAAUCCGUCUGGAGCACUUCUACAUGAUGCCGGUCAAUGUUGACAUAAUGUAUCCACAAAUUGUUGAAGGCUUCCUACCUAUUUGUAACUUGUAUAUUAAUAUGGAGCGUUUUCUUCCAGUCUGCCGUAUUAAUGACUUUCAGAUUGCUGAUGUCAUAAACCCAAAAGCAAAGCGGACAGCUCGUUUCUUGAGUGGCAUUCUUAACUUUAUUCACUUCCAAGAAUCACGUCGUGAGAUCUACAUGGAAUUCCAGUGGGCAUAUAAAUCGGCUCUGGAAAAAAUACAGCAACUGCAGACAGCAAAUCAGGAGGCAGCUGUGAAGCUAGAGAAACUUGACACGAUUCCAGUAGAGCAGAAAGCAGAGUUCAAGCAGCUGUCUGAUGAUAUUCAAGAACUGCAGCAAGUACUAAACCAGGACUAUCGUCAAAAAACGACAGCCUUGCAAGAAGUGACUUCCCAAAAGAAAGCAGAAGUUGCAGAGAGAACCCGAAGUCUGAAUCAGCUAAAAGUGACAAUGGCUACUUUGAAAGAAGAACAAGAGCAAUUGAAAUCAAAAAUUGUGGAGUCUCCAGAGGAACUGAAGAAUUACAAAGAACAUAUGAAGGACACUGUCCAGAAACUCAAGAAAACCAAGCAAGAGGUUAUUGAGAAGUAUGAAGGUUAUCGAGACCUAGUUGAGAUUCUGCCAUCAUGUCAAUUGGAGGUGCAGUUAUACCAAAAGAAAAUGCAAAGCCAAGGAGCAAAUGUGGAGAGAAUGGCCAAUAUCUCAUCAGAGGUCAGAAAUCUCGAGGACCAGAUUGAGAAUGGCCAGUUAGAGUUGAAGAAUGCCGCGACAGAUGAAAUGUCCUUAAAGAGACUGGUCAACGCUAAGCGCGAGAAGCUGUCUACGGCUGAAAUAAGGAUAAAAAAGAAACAUGAAGACGUUGAGCAGUACAAGCGCACAGUAUUUGAGUAUUGUAACAGAGUUCAGGAGAAGAGAGGGGCUGUCUAUGAGAAGGUGACGGCGAUUCACAAGGAAAUCCAGCAAGUCAGAUUAAAAGUCCAGCAGCUGAACGAGAACACUGAAAAGGAAAAAAUGAAAGCACAGGAGAUCUAUCUUAACCUGAGGGCUGGCUUGGAGAAAUACCAUGAAGCUCUGGCAAAGAUAGCAGAGAACUAUGCAGCCUCACGAGAUGAAAAAACUGCUGAACUAAAGAGGAGAAUGCUUUGAGUUCAGACUUCCUGAACUAACUGUUAUACUGGCUUUCACUUGGACUCUGCUUAUUGUAUUUAUCCUCAUGUGUGGGUUUAAAAUAUUGCAUUUUAUGUGGGAAGCUUCUUCUGAAUAUGACCUCAGAACACAUUUAGUAUUGUAGACAGGCCCUGGUGCUGUCAACUGAUUAGCCUUGGUAAAAAUGGACUUCAACAUCCUGUCUGCAUUAUCUUUCUCAGUUCUGAUUCUUCUAGUGGUAAGUUUACCAAUUUAUCUUGUUUAUAUAAAAUAGUUUGAGGGUUAAUUUUGGCUUUUAGUGUAAGUACAGUUUUAGCAGAAACUACACUGAGGAUGUUGGACUAGGGUAGCUUUGGUUUGAAUGGAGGUAUCUUAGAUCUUGGUUGUAGUAUUUUCCAAGUAUAUCGAACACAGUCUGAAUGAUCUUAAGUUCCAUCUGAUUUCGAGACAAGUCUUACUGAGAUCAUCAUGAUGGGAGAGUGGAUUCUUAUAUAAACCCUGGCUUGCUCUACCUGUGAUUGUCCAGCGAUAGAGAAGCCCUCAGAGGGAAGAGUCCUGUUUGGGGAACUACAUAAAUUCAGUUGGUGUUGCUAUGUCUCUUUCUGGAAGCUUGAAUCCAUGUUUUCUGCUUGGUGUGUAUUGAACACCCAUUUGUGUUUGUACAGGAUAAGUCCAUGUUUGGGCAGAUAACUGAAUUAAAAAUAAAAUGGCAUGGAUUGAUAUUCAUUGUACAUUUCUAUUGAAACUGCUCUUCUAAAAUGUUUGGCCAGACUGCCUUGGGAACAUAAAAAUCAACUUUUAAGUAGCUGCUGUAAAGAUUUGAAUAGCCUAAUUUCUCUGUAUUCUUUCAGCCUACUUGUUUGUUCAUUCUCUUCUUGGUGUAAGUCUUUUAGUUUUUGAGUUUUAUAUCUGACCUAUGUUUAUCCUGAGACAAGGUAUGUGAGGUAAUCUUUUUUUAUUUGGCUAACUUCUGUUGUUAAAAGACAAGCUUUUGAGUUACUCACAGCUUCUUUUCAGAUCUCAUUUUGUUUAUCCUGUUUCUUUGGUUAGAUUUUCUAUUUCUCCUGGGCUCUGUUCUUGUAAUUCUUCAGGACUGAAACUUUAAAUAUUAGUUUGUCUAUUUGUUGCCUCUUUUCUGCAUUUGGAUCUGCUUUUUUCACCCAAUGUCUUUUUCUUGAUCGCUGAGACUUUCUAAAGUCACCAUGGGUAAAAUUUUCAAAAGCACUUAAAUACCUUGGAUGCUCUUGAAAAGAGGAUUUGAUAAUUCUUGAAAACGUUACCCUUAAUCUCAAAUCUUCCAUUAGCUGAACAGUUGGAACAUUUUUUGUUGAUACAAUUUCUGAUUUAGAUUAUUUUAGCCUGUCUGUGUACCAUAUAA